CUUUGAAGUUGAAUUCGAAACUGGAGCUUUUCAUUUCGGUGUAAACUUCCGUCAAAGCAAUGACAAACAAUCCCUCGCAGCUUCUUCCGUCAGAGUUGAUAGAUAGGUGCAUAGGGUCCAAAAUAUGGGUGAUAAUGAAAGGCGACAAGGAACUCGUGGGUACUCUAAGAGGCUUCGAUGUCUACGUCAAUAUGGUUCUCGAAGAUGUCACUGAAUAUGAGAUCACUGCUGAAGGAAGACGGAUCACAAAGCUUGAUCAAAUUUUACUUAAUGGAAACAACAUUGCCAUUUUGGUCCCGGGAGGCUCACCUGAUACAGAAUAAGAGUGUAUGUUCCACGUUUCUUUAAUGAUAUUAGUUCUAGGCUAUAUUCUCUGUUUUAAUGAGAAAUCUGGUUCCGAUAGAAAGCUCUUAUGUUGGAAGUUCGCAUGUUACUGUUAACAUAUA